AUGUACUGCUCACGCUGCCUCUGCUCUCUCCCUCUCUGCAGCAACAACAACCCCUACGCCUCCUUUGGAGCCACCCUGGCACGGGAUGAGGAGCAGAACCUGUGGAGCACCCCCCACGACGUGACCCACACGGAGGCGGACGACGACCGGGUGCUGUACAACAUGAUCGUGGUCAGGAAUCAGCUGGACAAGGACUCAGAGGAAUGGCAGAAGCUCAACUAUGACAUCUACACCUUGAGGCAGACUCGGAAAGAAGUGAGAAGCAGGUGGAAACAUAUUUUGGAGGAUUUAGGUUUCCAGAAGGAAGCAGACUCCCUCUUGUCAGUGACCAAACUCAGCACCAUCAGUGACUCUCAGAACAUGGGCAAAGCCCGGGACAUCCUGUUAAAGCUCUCUGAAGAGACAAACAUCUUCCCUACCAGCUGGGAGCUUUCUGAGCGUUACCUCUUUGUGGUGGAUCGGCUCAUAGCUCUGGAUGCUGCAGAUGAGUUCUUCAGGAUGGCCAGCGUGGUGUAUCCAAAGAGGCCCAGUGGGGAAAGAGGGAAUGACAGCCAGAAGGCCCUGCAGUGA